AUGAUCGCAUCUCGUACCGGUGAUGUCGAGAUGGUCCGCUUGCUGUUGGCGGCCGGCGUCACGAUGGACUUAAGGAACCAAGACGGCCACACAGCUUUGACUUACGCAUCUUGGGAAGGUCGUGUGGAAGUCGUGCGCUUGCUGCUGAUGGCACGAAAAGACAGAGACUUAGCAGCCUCGGACGACGAAGUUUGCGGAGCUUUGAGGAUGGCAGCAUCGAAUGGCUAUGCUGAAGUCGCACGCUUGCUGCUGGAGUCUGGCGCCGAGAAGGAUGUGGCAAACGACGAGGGUCGCACAGCUUUGGUAACGGCAUCUGCUUCAGGUCGUGUCGAGGUCGUGCGCUUACUUCUGGAGGCCGGGGCCAACCCGGACUUGGCAGACGAAGACGGCUGCACAGCUUUGAUGAUUGCAUCCUCGAGGUGUGACCUGGAAGUCGUCCGCUUGCUGCUUGAUUCCGGUGCCGACAAGGAUAUAGCAGACAAGGGCGGCCGCACAGCUUUGAUGAAAGUGUCUUUUGGGCCUCCUGCGAUCAUUCGGUUGCUAUCAUGA